AAAAAAAAAAAGUUUCACAAGAAAGACGUAGAGAGAUAUAGAGGCGCAUUCUGGUGCUGCAGCGUCGCGAGGUUGCGGCGGCGAACAAACUCCGACUACCGGCAACACCGUUAUUUCACAAUUAACAAACAAAAUUGUUCUCGAUUGAGAGGGAAAAGAAUGGGGAGGAGGAUAUUGAAUGAUGCGUUGAGAAGUAUGGUGAAUGCUGAGAAGAGAGGGAAAGCUAUGGUGGAGCUUAAACCUAUAUCCACUGUCAUCUCUUCCUUUCUUCAAAUCAUGAAACACCGCGGAUAUAUCAAGGACUUUCAGGUCUAUGAUCCCCAUAGAGUGGGGAGGAUCACCGUUGAACUACAAGGUAGACUUAACGAUUGCAAGGCCCUUACAUACCGACAAGACCUAAAGGCAAAGGAUAUUGAAGCCUACAGACUGCGUACUCUUCCAACAAAUCAGUGGGGUUAUGUUGUGAUUACAACCCCCGAUGGUGUUUUGGAUCACGAAGAGGCCGCGAAAAGGAAUGUAGGUGGUCAGGUUCUUGGUUACUUUCACUAAAGUCGUCCUUUACCUUGUUAUUUUAACCAGCCACUGUGUUCAGCUAAGUUUCCCGAUAAACUUUCAAAGGAUUUGAUGAAAGAAUGUUUUAUUCAGCAAAGGUGGUUUUGUUUUCAAUUGAUGCAUUGUGCUGUAUGAAUUUUGUGGUAGUUCAUGCAUGACGAGUGUGAUGCGUUGGAUCUCAUGCCCUGUUUCUGUUAAAUAAUAGACUAGACUUGAAUGGAUAUCAUAAUCUACUUUAAAUAUGUAGUGGGGUUUGUCUAAUCCGUAGUUAGUUCAAGUUCAUACAUUCUGCACGCCGUUUUUCUUAUUUGUUUUUCCAAAGAUGCAGUUUUGGAUAUGAAGAAUGUAUCAUUCUAGAGGAUAGUCAAUGUUGAAAUUUAUUUUUCAGCCCUGUCACCUGAUGGAUAUUUUAAUGCCCAGUCAAUUGAAGACCAAUUUAUUUUACUAGA